GUGAGAAAGAUAAGAGACCCAAGCACUCUAGAACACGGCAUUAGGAAGGCCACCAUCAUCAAAGAUGGCGGACGGAGCUUCUUCUACAGAUAUGCUUAUUAUUCAAACGGGUGGUACCAUUGACAAGGAUUACCCCAAAGUGACUGGUGGAUACGCAUUUGAAAUCGGCGACUCGGCAGCCAUGAGGAUCCUCACCAGGAUGCAGCCAAGUUUCAACAUGUCGUUCAUAUCAGCGUGCAGGAAAGACAGUCAGAAGAUCACAGAUGAUGAUAGGACUCACUUAUCCGAGGCUGUGCGAGGUUACAGCGGUAGCAAGGUGCUUAUUGCACAUGGAACAGACACCCUCAUAGAAACAGCAACAUAUCUAGCCAACAACACAUCGGGACUGGAGAAAGUGGUCAUAUUGACAGGCGCGAUGAAACCAGAAACUUUCAAGAUGUCCGAUGCAGAUUUCAAUAUAGGUGUCGCUGUGGGUGCUUUACAGGGUCUACAACAACAUGGCGUCUACGUUGCCAUGAAUGGGUGUGUCUAUAAAUGGGACCAGGUUCGGAGGAAUAUGGAAACCGGGCAGUUCUGUGCAAAGUAG